AUGUUUAGGAAUCGGCUCCUUUCGACAUAUUCUCGAAAGGAGCUGGAGGAUAUUUUUAUCGAGGAAUGUAUGUCUUUAGAUGAACUUGCUACGCAACUUUUCGAUCUAGAAUCAAAGUUAGCAAAAUCUAAAUCAAAAAAUCGAGUAAUUGAAGAACAAACAGAAGCAACAAAUCAACCAGAAACAAAUAUAUCAGGCAAAGAUAUGCCAAAAAUUAAUAAAAAGAUCAAAAAGGAAAUAAAAAAUCUUUUAUAUCAAAUUGAUGAACUAGAUUUAACUUUAAGAAGGGUAGAAGUUACGAGAAAUGAAGAAUUGCGUGAAUUAAAUUACUUUAGAUCUUUUUUUGUGUUCCCAAACAAAAAAUAUCGUUUAGAUGAUUUCGAAAAUCAUUCACCUAUCCAACAAAAGCAAGAUGUUAUUGAAGAACUCGAAGAAUUAUUUAAAUUAAGCAAGGAUUGGGACUCUAAAAAUCAAUAUUUAGCAGCAAUCAAAUUAAUGAAAUUGGAUUUAGACUCAGCAAUAUCAUAUUUUGAAAAACAAAACACAGAUGAUAGUGAAUUGAUUUUUCAAGAAAAAGCUCUUAAAGAUAAAAUUUCAGACUUGGAUCACGAAAUCUUAAUCUUACAAGAACAAGUCGAUAAAAAGAAACAGCAAAAAAAGAAGAUGAAACAAAGAGUCAAUGAGCUCGAAGAUAAACUCAACCAACAAAUCGAAAAUGAAAGAGAUCAUUAUCUUCAACGAACAGCUCUUGAAAAUCAGAUAAAAAAACUAGAAUCACAGCUACCAGAACUAGAUAGCCUUCAAACAGAAAUAAAUGCCCUCCAAAACUCUAAGUUGAAUAUAAAAUCAGAUAUUGGCAGAGAAAAAUGCCGAAUUGCAAGGGAAUGUGGGUUAAAAAUAAUAUCUAACAACCUAGAAACAAUGGACGAUGAUAUAGAAAUUGAUCAAAUGCGUAGGAAUGUAGAAAAACUGAAAUCUUCAAUUAAAGAGACAGAAAAUAUUGUAAAAAACAAGAAAGAAGAGUUGGAAAAAGUCAAAACAUCAAUUAAAGAAGCAAAUGAUUCAAUACAAAUUUUAAAAAUAGAGUGUUCUGGGAUGAGAGACAAAUUUUACACCUUGUACUCAAAGUGCCCUCAAAAUCCAUUUGAAGACCACAAAUUUAUGUAUUUUUUAUACGAUAUGAUGCAUGAAGGGAUGACUCUUGAUGAUGUAAAUGAAGUAAUCAGACAAAUUGAGAUUUUGGAGAAGAAAGUAUCAUACGAAGAUCAAAAACUCAGCAAAAUAUCGAAACUAAAGAAGAUUUUGAACAAAGAAUUGUACGAAAUAACCAUGGCUCAGCGCGAAAGGUAUAACGAUUUUAAAGAUCAAAUAAACUACACAGAAGUCAACAAUAUAUAUUUAUACGAAGGCCAGGCAGCAGUACUCUUUACUAUCUCCGACAUUUUCCUCGCCCUGAAGCCACAAGACUAUGUUUGCCUCAAAUUUGAUUUCUGCAAGAACGAAGCAACAACACAGAUGUUCCACUUUUCGCCGCAGAUAGAGCCGAUGCAGCUCCUGUUCACGUGCGAGAAAUCAGGGUUUGUUAUUGAAGUAGUGACAAACGGACUAUCGAUAUCUCUGUUGCGGCAAAAUGGAGAUGUUAUCGGCUCAACAAUUGUUGAUGUUACAAAAUUGGCCGCAGAACAAGAAGUUUUCGCAUCUGUUCAGAUUCUUUUCCAUGGAGUGAAUUGUGUUUGCGCAUUUCAUUUGAAUGCAAAGUUAUUAGCACCUCUUUAA